UGCUUCUAUUUACUCAAAAUUUUAUCAACCAAACCCUUUCCAUUACUACCACACCAAAGCUCCUCCACAUAGAGAAAAUACACACACACAUAGAAAGAGAGAAGGAUAUAAUUAAUAUUAUAUCAUAAUAAUGGUGGGACUUAGUGUAGUAUUGGAAGCACAAAAGAGUGGUGGUAGUAGUAGUAGUGGUGGUAGUAAUAGUGGUGGAGUUGGUGGUGGUAGUGGUGGUGGUGGUGUUAGCAAGAAGAAUCAUCCACAAGUAAUUAACAAGACCACCAUGUUGCUCAACAACAACAACAACAACAAGCUCUCUCCUUUGCAAGCUCAUCACUCUAGUAGUUAUUUCCCAACACCUACUUUUCUUGACCAAUGCUUUCUCUGCAACCAAAAGCUCUUGCCUGGGAAAGACAUCUACAUGUACAAAGGGGACAGGGCUUUUUGUAGCGUGGAGUGCAGGUGCAGGCAGAUUUUUAUGGACGAGGAAGAAAGUCUUCAUAAAGAUCACUGUUCAUUGGCUGCAAUGAAACCCACUUCUUCUUCUUCGUCUUCUUCCUCUAGUGCUCGUAAUCAUCGCAAAGGAACAAGAAACCGAGCGGGUGGGUUUGUGAACUGAGCGUGAAAAAGAUGAAAAUCAGACCCAAAAAAAAAAAAAUUGUGAAUGAAAA